GCCGCCCCCGCCGCCUCCGGCACGUCGGCCGGUGUGUGGGGACGGGCCCCGCGGUCGCCGUGUUCCUGCGCCGACGGCCAGUGCGGCUGCUGCACCGGCUUCCUGCUCUCGCAGCUCAACAUCAACCUGCGCCAGAGGGGUUGUGUAAAUGUGACAUACGAUCCGGAUGAUUUUGCUAUGAACAUGGCGUUAUACUUCAACGAUCGUGUUCUUUACUCCAAUACGGUGUCAGGGAAGAACCCGCGGCCGGUGUGCGUGUCGGUGCCGCGGCUGCCGAUCCUGCAGAUGUGCGUGCGCUUCUCGAACGUCUACCCGGUGGGCCGCAACAUCCACGCGUGCGUGUCGCUGCUGGCGCGCUGGGACGGCGACCAGGUGUUUCGGCGAGACCUCGACUGCGUGCGCGUCGGCGCCGACGGCGUCGCCGUCGUGACGCCGGAGCAGGGCGGCGGCCUGCCGCUCGGCAGCACCGGCGGCGGCGACGACGAGGACGUCGACGACUACGACGACCCCGAGGACCCGUCCGCGCAGAGCGGACAAUCCUUCAAAGGAAAUGGAAGAGCUUAA